AUGGAUGAAGUCACUUGUUCGGCGCAAAAAGCUAUUUCAUAUGACAAAGCAUGCCAUUGGGAUGCAGCUAUCUACUUUUAUGUUGAUGCUGCUGGAACAAUUUUAGAAUUGAUUAGACAAGAAAAAAUCUUACCUGUACAUAGAAAAAAAGCUGAGGAAUAUAUUAAACGUGCUGAAGCAAUCAGGUCGUUAAGUACGUCAAAAUCAUCCACAAAUAUCAAAAACCAGCAACAGCUUAACCUUGAACGAGCCAAAUUUUUGCUGUACCAAGCAUUGAAUGAAGAUGAAGCAGGACAUAGUGAAGAAGCUUUAUUAUUAUAUUCUCAGGCUGUUGAGCUCUGCAUUGAAACUUCAAAAAUGUCUUGUGAACUGUCAAUGGUACGAAAAUUGCAUGAGUUAGCAGAGAAAUCUUUGGAUCGCGCAGAAGUUUUAAAAGCUGGAAAACUGAAGGCAAGUGAGGAGAAUAAAUUGAAGUUCCCGGAAUCUCUUAAUCAUGAACUCUCCAAUUUGACUGUAGAUCCUGAUAACCAUCAAAUAUCUGCUAACUCUAGUAAUAACACCACAAGUACAUCCAUGAUUCAACAUAAUGUGAGUGGGCGAGAUGACCGUCUUACGAAAUCUGAAUUAGCUGUAUUAGCAGCAACUUCAAAUAUUAAUGGAAGGCAGUAUGUCCCAUUCUUAUCAGUCGACUUAAAAGAACGCUUUGCAUAUCCUCUACCGUUCACGGACGAACAUGGUUUGUUGUCUUUAUCUGAUAAGCAGUCAAAGCAGUUGAAGUUUUGGUUGCGUCCUGAUGAGUUUAUGCAGUCUCCAGCUAUAAUUGAUCGAAUUGAUAGCGGUGCAAUUAAACAGACGAUAGUUUCUGAUUGCUCGUUCAUUGCUUCCCUAGCGAUAUCAGCUCGAUAUGAAAGUCGCUUCAAAAAACCACUUGUAACAAGCAUCAUAUAUCCUCAGAAUAAGUGUGGUGUACCGAUUUAUAAUCCUUGCGGCAAAUAUAUGAUUAAAAUGCACUUUAAUGGCGUUUGCAGGAAGGUUGUCAUCGAUGAUCGGUUUCCGAUUGGAAAAUAUGGAAACUUUUUGUGUUCAUACAGUCAGCAAAAGAAUGAGUUGUGGGUUUCGCUGCUAGAAAAAGCUUAUAUGAAAGUGAUGGGUGGUUACGAUUUUCCUGGCUCGAAUUCGAGUAUUGACAUGCAUGCUCUAACAGGUUGGAUACCGGAAAGGAUAGGCAUUAAAAAAGACUGGACCCUCAGUGAUUCCGCUGCUGUGUUCGAUAAACUCUUUACAAGGUAUCAUAAAGGUCAUUGUCUGAUUACAUUGGCAACCGGUCAAAUGGAUCAGAUGACAAUAGAUCGGACGGGCUUGGUGGAUGCGCAUGCAUAUGCUGUAUUGGAUUUACGAAAAAUACAGAACAAACGGUUAUUGAUGUUGAAAAAUCCGUGGACACAUCUACGUUGGAAAGGUCGUUUUUCUGAGAAAGAUAGUCUUAGCUGGACAGCAGAACUGCAAAAAGCACUGAAUUAUAAUCCUGCCGAUGCUCAACAAUUUGAUGAUGGCGUGUUUUGGAUUGAUUUCGAAUCAGUUUGUCGUUUUUUUGAUGUAUUUUACGUGAGUUGGGAUCCUUCGAUAUUUCCACAUACUUAUUGCUUACAUGCGAUGUGGUCAGCAGGUGUAGGACCUGUGAAAGAUUUAUACAGUGUUGCAGAUAAUCCUCAGUACACAUUGGAAAUAAAUAGUAAUGGCUCCACUGCAGUAUGGAUACUACUUACGCGACAUAUCACUGAUAAGGAUGAUUUUGCGAACAACAAGGAGUACAUUACAGUCAUAGUAUACAAAUCAGGAAAUAAGAUUUACACACCAUCUAAUCCCAAACCAGUUAUGGAUGCAGUACGUUUAAAUAGCCCUCACUAUUUGUGUCAAAUGGUUGUCAAUGAAUUAGGACGCCAAAAAUAUACAUUAGUCAUUGCUCAGUAUGAAAAGAUGAGGACAAUUUAUUAUACGUUACGAAUAUAUUCCACAGCGGAAUUUUGUCUUCAAAAAGUGAAAGUGCCUUACAUUUCAAAGAAAAAGGAGAUUGGGGAGUGGAAGGGAAAAACAGCUGGUGGAUGUGGAAAUGGUGCGAGUCGAGAAACUUAUAUGAAUAAUCCAUUAUAUCAAUUAAGUCUUGCUGCUGAUAGCGAUGAAAAUUGCAUUCUUGUGCAAUUAAAGGGUCCCAAACAAUAUUGUAUUGGCUUCGAAAUAAAGCAGAUCUCCUCAAUGAGAAAUAAACCAUUUGAAAAACAUGAUUCAGGAGUAUUUAGGCCAGGAUAUACUGUACUUGCUAUGGAAGGAGUACCUGCAGGGGACUAUAGCAUUCAACCGAUGACAUUUGAUCAAGGUCAAGAAGGACCUUUCUUCCUCGUUGUUGAAGCGUCCUGUUCAUUUUUAAUGAAAAAGAUACAGUAA